AUUUAGAGUGAGGCAUUAAUAACAGUGGACCAGAGUCCUGUACACUGUCUUUAUAACAACUAGUCAUGAAAUAAUCACACUGCAUUACUACUGGAGGUAGGUUGGCCUGUAUAGAAUGAAAGGGGAGAUCUUCAGUUCUGUUAUGAUUGUUAUGUGCUUAAGAAAAGAAGGGGCAGUGUACAUAUUUGGUGUUAUCUUUUAAUUUACCUAUCAAAUUUUACUUAAAAUAUUUGAAACAAAAAGUUGAAACAUUAUUAAAAUAUUUAAAACAAAAAGGUGAAACAUUAUCCUUUGCUACCUUGAAACCCAUGUAUACAGUUUAUGUUCUAUUCCAAUUAUUCUUUAUUUAAGGUAAUAACUAUUUUGGCUGUUUAAAAAUGUGAGAUAAUUAGAAUGUGUUUAAGAGCAUGGUAAUCAGGGUGUUGCCCCAGCUAUAGUUUGAAGUUUCUUAAAGAUGAGUGUUCUCUUUUACUGGACCAUUCCAAACCAUAAAAUGAGUAAGUUAAAUUAAGGACAAAAUUAAUAUGUAUAGUAUAAUUUUAUGGCUUAUAUAAUUAUAAACUUUUGGUUUCUUUAGUAAAAAUUGACUAAAGGUCACAAUGACAACUGCAAAAAUUUGGACUUUGAAAAAUGUCUUUGAGGCCGUUCCAAAACAGAAUGAUUUUGAGCUUGUUGAAGAAGCGUUACAACCGCUCCAAGAUGAUGGUUGGUACAUUUACAUAUUAAAAUGACAUUAGUAAAACUUAAAUAGACUGUUUUAAAUUCAACAAAUGUAGCCAUUCUAUUGGCUGAGCUAAAUAAAUAUUUAAAAAUUGGUUUUUAAGUUGUUUUUUUAUUUUAUUUUACAUUUAGUCUAAAUAGAUACUCAUCGUAUCUUUUUCUGGUUGUUGUUUUUAAUCAGCAAACAUCUCUGUGUCUUGUAGAAAUACUCAUAGAAGCACUUUACUUAAGUCUAGAUCCUUAUAUAAGGUAUGUACAAAAUCUUUUAUUAUUACAUAUUUAUCUAUUAUAUAUACAUAUAUAUUUAAAUAUUUAUAUUAUAUAUAUUUAGAUAUAGAUAUAUAUUUUGAUAGAUAAUUAUUUAAAUUUAUAUAUAUAUACCUAUAGUUAUUGGUAGUGCAUAAAGCCAAUGCAGCUCAUAAAUAGUUAUAUUAGAUUCUUUAUGAUUUAAACUCGUUUAUUUUUAAAAUGUGUUAAAUUUAUUUAAUUAAUUCUCCCCUAGAAUAGGUGGAGGAAAAAUAUAUAGUCAUAUCAUUAAUUUUUAGGAAUACCCAAAAAAAUGAACUUGUAAUUCAUGAAAAGAAAAUUAUUAAAGCAAUGUUAAUUUUAUUUCAGAUUUGCGGCCACUUCCCAGAAAGUUCUUCACGGGGAGCAAGUGGCAAGGUAAACAUGUGAUGUCAUAAGUUUUUAUUUUUAAAAAUCAGUUAUUUUAUGUGGACAUAGGAUUUCUUAUUUAUUUGUCAUAAUAGUGUAAUGUGUGUUUUUAUAGCAAAAGCUCACAUAUGAAAGUCAAUUUUGAUGUUUCAUUCUUCAUAAUUUAGACCAUAAUGACUAAACUAAAACCUUUUUUUAAAAAGUGCUAAUUAUCUUGUACUAGUUAGUGAAAGGCAUAUCUAAAGUGAAGGAAGGAAAGGUGUUCUCAUUGUUUUUAUUACAAUUUUUUUAAGGUGUGAUGUUUGUUACAUAUUUUGCCUAAUAUCAAAUGUACCAUAGAAAUCAUAUCUGCUUUCAAUAAAUAUUGAACAAUAAUAAUGUAUUGUUAUUUAUAGAAAUGUUUAAUAUUCUUAUUAUGAAUCCAAAAUAGAUUUUAAAUUAAAGAGAAACAAAUGCUAUAUUAAUUUUAUAAAAAUUAACAUUAAUUGCUUCUCUGCCUGUUUGUGUUUAUGCAUCCUUGACGUCUUUGUACAAUGAGUCCAAAAUUUAAUCAUUAUACAGGAGAUCUGAAUAAUUUUAUAUGCUGCUUAUUUUUCCAAAAGAAUUCUUGAUUCCAAAGCCUCUGGCUUUCCAGUUGGAUCCCUUGUAUGUGUCCAUGCAGGCUGGAGAUCUCACACUGUUGUUAAUGUAACAGUUCCGAGGAGUUUCGGCACACAAGUUGAACUUAUUGAAGAUGAUUCUGAGAUUAAUCCCUCUCUGUGGCUAGGAGCAGCUGGGAUGCCUGGGCAAGUAUUUGUUUAGAUGAAAAAAAUUACACUGCAGAUGAGGCCAGUUAGAUCCUUUACAGUCCCAAAUUAAAGUAUGCCUUGAUCCCAUAUUAAAGUAUACCUCAGUCCCAUAUUAAAGUAUGCCUCAGUCCCAUAUUAAAGUAUGCUUCAGUCCCAUUAUAAAGUUUACUUCAGUCCCAAAUUAAAAUAGGCCUCAGUCCAAUAUUUAAGUAUGUUUCAGUCCAUUCUAAAGUAUGCCUCUGUCCCAUAUAAAAUUACACCUCAUUCCCAUAUUAAAGUAUGCCUCAGCUUCAUAUUAAAAUAUGCCUCAGUCCCAUAUAAAAUUACGCCUCAGUCCCAUAUUAAAGUAUAUCUCAGUAUGCCAUUCAUAUGUAUCUGUGUUUUCAGGAGCAGUGCAUAGCCAAUGCGAAUCCUCUGAGAAUUGAUGCAAUAACUUUUUAUGUUGGACCCCUAAGCUUGUUUUUUUUCCUUCACAUGCCAAGAUGACCAAGGCUAUAUUACACUAAGAAACUUUUGACUGAUCAAAUAUUUAAAUUAUAACAAAAACUAAAUGUUCCGUGUUGAGGCUAAAAUUGAUUGGCUACCUAAUUUCAAUUUACUAAGACUUAUGAUUAUUGAAACUUUUUUUUUAAACCAGACAUCAGAUGAUAACUGUUUUUGAUAUCCACAUUUGAAGUAUCAGCGUUUGAUAAUUAAUUUUCUUAUUCUUCUUAUUCAUUGAGUACAUCAUUAGCAAAUGUAUGUCUGUCAGGUGUAUGUCUCUAUUUUUCUUUGUUGUUGAAGACUUUUUGUCCAAAACGUCAGCUUUUUUUGUGUUGUAGUUUUUUCAGGUUUUCCUCUACCCUUAUUUGUAUAUUUUUUUCUUGUUUAUAGUGUGACAGCUUAUCUGGCAUUUCUUGAGAAGUGUGAUCCUAAAGCUGGUGAGGUUGUUGUUGUCAGUGCUGCAUCUGGAGCUGUGGGGUCAAUCGUGGGCCAGCUUGCAAAACUCAAGGUCAUUUUUAGUAACCACAGUAUUUAUAACUUAUCAUUAAAACAAUAAUUAUUAAAAAUGACAUCAUUUUCAUGUUAAAAAUGUAUUUUAGUUAGUAAGUGUAAUGCAAUGGGCCAGCACCAUAUUAUUAAAUAUGUUAUAUAGUGGGCCAGUAUUAUUGUUUAUCCGUAUGUUCAACUGUAGGCCAGUAUUAGUUAAUAUGUUGUGCUGUAGGUCAGUACUCUAGGUUAUAAAUAUGUUAUACAGUGGACCAGUUUUAGGUUGGCCAGUACUGCAUUAGUAAAUAUGUUAUGUGGUGACUAGUACUACGUUACAAUGUUAUAAGAAUAGUUUGUGUACCUUUAUACUUUAUAAAGUUUCUAUGGUAUUAAAUUUUCACAGCAACUUCUAAUAAUAGGAUGUAGAAAUAAAUGGCAAAAACUAUUGUAAAAUCCCUAUUUAAUGAUUACCUGGCAUUACAAGUACAUUUGCCAGUUGCUGUGGUCCUAUCAUUUCCCUGACAAUUAUUGUAAAUGCCAAAUAAUUUGCACCACAAUUUGAUGCCAAUGUCAAUACAUCUCAGGGCCUGACAGUAAUUGGAAUUGCUGGCACCAAGGAGAAAUGUAAUUACAUUAAAGAACUUGGAUAUGAUUAUGCAAUUAACUACAAGGAGGACAACAUAUACAAAGCCCUAGACGCUGCAUCUCCUCAAGGUGUGGACAUUUAUUUUGAUAAUGUGAGUUGAUAGUCUAAAAUUAUGAAUGUUUUUUUUGAUUUUUAAAAAUAGUUCUUACUACUUUCUGAUUUAGACUAACAGUCCAGCAAACAGUUAUAGACAUCAAAUGUUAUUGGUUUGAAAUGUCAAGAAAAAAAUCAAUAAUCUUUGGCAGCACUUUAAUUAUCAUCCAUAACCCGUCAAAUAAGUUACCUUUGGUUGAACAGUCAAAGUAAAAGAGACCCACGAUCACUUAAGAACCAUGACUAUACCGGUAUAUGUAAGCAAAGCAGGCAACUGCCUGGAGCCCCAUAAUUUAGAGGCAUCAAAAAUUGGAAUAAAAAUUGCACGGAAAAUAACUAAACACAAAUGAAGAUUAUGAAGAAUAAGGUCACAUUCGGUUUAGUUUUUACUAAAUGUAAUUUGUCUGAAGUACUCUAAAAGGUAUAAAAGCUUUUUACAUAAAAUAAUUGGACAUCCCAAACCAAAUAUGUUACAAAUUUGUAAUUCAAGUUAAGGUAUGAAAGCAUUACUGGGGUUUAUUCAUAAUAAAAUAAGUGGAAUGCCUUAGUUUUGACAUACAACAGUAUGGUAUGUUGACUUAUAUAAUCAUUGGAAUAUUUUUUUAAAAAGUAAUUGGUUAAUAAUUAUAAUUUCUAAGAAUUCUUACAGCAAAGGAUCUUUCAGAAAAUGUUAAUAUUUAACCAGCUUCAUUAUAAAAGUAAUCACUGGAUGAUCUUGAAGUUUGUUAGUGUGUAGAAAUUUUUAAAUGUCAUAGAAUUAUUUUGCCAACAUGAAAUUGUAUUAAUUAUUAUUAUUAUUAAUACUUUUACAGAAUUUUUUUUAGCAAAUGAAACGUGAUAGCCACAAUUUUAAAAGAUUACAAACACUAUCUCCUAGGGAAAAGUUGAAACUUUUUAAUUUGCAGUCCUAAAGAUUUACACAUUUUUUUUAGCAAUUGAGAACAUCUCAGACAUUGAUGGAUUUGAGUUAUGGGAAGUAAUACCUUCUAUUGCACAUUACGUUUAAUAAAUGCAAGAAGUGACCACUGAAUGUUCUUUAAUAUUUACACUCAACUAGUAAUUUCUCUUUGAAUUUUGUUGACAAUUUUAGUCAGCGGUGCAACUGAAGAAAGAAGGUUUGCUAAACUAAAAUUGUUUAAACAUAUCUAUGAGCGUCUAUGACUCAGGAAAAGCUCACAUCUUUGUUAUGGAGAUAUUACGAGUGCAUUUGUCAUCCCAAAAGCAAGAAAAAUGUGCUUGUAGAAUAAUAUACAAAAUUAAAAAUUUUAUUGUAACUUAAGGCGGAAAGUCUGAAAAAAAUUGUUGGAGUUACACCUCUUUAAAUAACCCAUUUUAAUUUUAAACAGAUCAGUUUUUAAUGUUCUUCAAUAUAAAAUCUAAAUGCUAAUCAUGUUUGAUUGUUCAUCCUUAGCUGACAGAUUAAGACUGUUUUUUAAGGCCUCUUAGUCUUAGCAGACUGUUAUUUACGGCCUCUUAGUCUUAGCAGACUGUUAUUUAAGGCCUCUUAGUCUUAGCAGACUGCUAUUUAAGGCCUCUUAGUCUUAGCAGACCGCUAUUUAUGGUCUCUUAGUCUUAGGAGACUGCUAUUUAAGUCCUCUUAGUCUUAGCAGACCGCUAUUUAUGGUCUCUUAAUCUUAGCAGACUGCUGUUUAAGGCUUCCGUCUUCUGCAGCAGCAACUUUUUAAAUUGAUGAUGGUUAAUAUCAACCUGAAAUUUUGUAGGAGGAAGGAGUGCCAAAAUGUAAGUCUGCCUCGGGGCACAAAAUUGCUAGGGCUGUCCCUGGAUGUAAGCUAUGAUUACAUAUGUAAAUUAUGACAAAAGAUUUAAACUAUGACUACAGAUAUAAGCUAUGAAUACAUAUGUAAGAUAUUACUACAGAUUAAAGCUAUGAAUACAUAUGUAGGAUAUGACAAUAGAAUUAUGAUUACAAAUGUACUCUAAGGCUAAGAGGAUGAGGUUGGCUCAAACAACCUUGUAGUUACUUUUUAGCAUGCCUGCUAAAAUGUUACGGUAUAGAUAGGAAAUGGCAAAUUGAAUUUACUAUUUGAAACAUUUCAGGUUGGUGGUGGCAUUUCAGAUGCUGUUUAUCGUAAGCUGAGAGAGAAAGGACGUGUGCUUGUUUGUGGGCGGAUAGCAAUCAACAGUAACAGAGAAGAGUCAGGUUUGAUUAAUAUUAUAUUAUUAUCUAUAGAAUCUCAGUGUCAGUGGCAUCACUAGAGUGUGUGGACUGCACCGGGUGACAGCCUCACAAGGGGUCAACACCAAAUGUAAAAUGCAAAUUAUAUAGAGUUCACUCAAGUUGGUUUCAUAACACAAUAAUUGAAUACAACAUCAUGGCAUCACCAGAGCUGGGUGCCCCCAGAGCAGUGUCCAGCCAGAACAGGGUCCAGCCAAAACAAGGAUAGGUGCCACCAGUGCAGGUUUGCCACAAGUGCAGGUUUGCCACCAGAGCUGGGUGCCCCCAGAACAGGGUCCAGUGGACCCAAUCAAGAGACACUGGACGUCACUUAACAUGAAGAAAACAAGAAGGUAAUGUUUAAGCUUAGGGAGCCUUUCCAUUUUGAAAUCCAGAUCAGAUCAAGAGCCAUCAAGAAAGUAGCAGAUAUCUUGAGGCUGUUCAAGUCUAUAGGCGACUCUUGUAGAGUUACGGUACUGCUGUCCAUUCCCAAACCUACCAGUUUCUAUGAAAAGUUAUCUAAAAUGGAACUUUUAAUUAAAUUACCAAGGCUGCCAAGACACCUGAAAGUAACAGACAGUAACCUUAACAAAGCCAAAGAUUGAUAAAUAUUCAAAAUUUUGACGUUCAUAGCUGAAUGGGACUUCCUAGAAUCUCUCCACUCCUCUCUCAUGACCUGUGUGUCUGUGGCUUCAUGUGAGAUGAGAUUUUGAAACAUGUUAUUUAUAAUGAAAUAUAUGCGAUUUACUUUGCUUUCUGGGUUUGCACUUUGUCAACUGAAAGCCAUAAGGUGAAUAUGAAGUGAUUGCCAUUCUUCAAUCUCUUGAGGCCAAGAAGGUCAUGUUUUAACUGUAAAAUUUUUAUGUUUUAAUAAAAAUUAAUUUUGUUGGAUCUUUUAAACACGGGUACUUCUUAAGUACUUUGUUGCUUUAGGACUUAAAUUAUAGACUAUACAAGCAGUUGUUUAAUGAUUAGGUAAGAAUUCCUCAGUGCUUUUCAGGGAAGUUGGGUGACACCAUGAGUCUGCCACAACAGUGAACACCAAACCUAGUGACGCCGCUGCACAGUGUCAUCAAUUAAUGUUGUAACCAUGUGAUAAAUAAUACAUGGCCAUCUCCAGAUCAAUCAUUUUAUGUCUGACCUUACAUCUUUAAAUAUUUUAGAACAACAUAAAUUUAAGCAGUCAUUAAAUAAGGCAGGCCUUUAAUAUUAAUAAAAGAAUAUUUUGUGUUGCUUUAUUGCUGCACUAAGUUGUAAAAUGGUUGAGAUUACAUCAAAGUUAUGAUUACUUGUGUUCAAAUGAUGAAAUUAUCUCAAUAUGAUAAUCUACAGGCAUCAGCUGGCACAGAGAUAUCUUAUAUAAACAACUCAAAAUUCAAGGCUUCAUUGUCCUAAGACCUGAGAAUUUGCUGCAUUUUUCUAGAGCAAGAAAGGACUUGAUCACGCUUCUAAAAGAGGUGAUUCUAUUGUUUUGUUUUUUUAACUCUUUAAAAUUAUGCUAUGUUGAGAAAUAUAAAUGAUUUGUAUUUAACCAAUACCAUUAUUGUAUUUCGCCGAUACCAUUAUCGACUAAUAUCUUUGUACUUAAAAAAUAUUUUGAGAUAAAGAAUAUUUUUAUUAAUUUUUUAAAAAUAUUCAAUUUUAAUUCAAAUCAAUUUUUUUUUCUUCUUUUAAAUGACAACUAUCAGAGCUAAUUUUAUUUAUUUUCACAGGGAAAGAUCAAGGCCAAAGAACAUAUUACUGAAGGAUUUGAAAACAUGCCACAGGCGUUCAUAGAACUUUUUACUGGGUCUAACUUCGGGAAAGCCUUAAUUAAAGUUUAAAACUUGAGAGCAAUAUUUUCAUGAGCCAGUUUUACUUAUUCCAUGAAUCCAAGUAGGAUGGUCAAAAUUGACUGGCGGGUGGGGGGGAGCAAUGACAUUCUCAUCCAACCCCUAAACGUGUUUUGGCUCAAUUUGACCAGUUAACAUUCAUGACUGAAGACAGUAGUUUCAACACCACCAAACAUUUGUGUCUGUCACAGAGGUUAAACAAUACUUCUUGGUGGAGCUGAAAGUGGAUGGUUAACUCAAGAUACUGUGUUAUUGGGAACCAGGUCAUGACAUGAAAGAGAAGUGUGUGUGGGGGGUGGGGGGUCUUUGUAAUGGAAGGUAAAAAUUUACAAGAACAUUCCUUUCCAGAACAUAAUUCUGACAGCAUAAAAUUUUGGACCUCACUUCGCCUUGCCUUUGUUCUAAUUACUAGAUUACAUUCAUAAUUUAUGACACUGAAAAACUUUCUUGGAUAUUUAAUAUUUUUAACUUACCAGUUCAUUUUCCUAUUUUAUGUGUGCAAUUUAACAUCUGGAUAAUUUAGGGCUGUGUUGAAUUAUUAAAGAUACAGAUGUUGUGUUGGAUUUGAAUGGAUUAUUUAUUAUUCAAGCAAAAUUAUGUUUAUUCAAUUUGAUUCAUUCCUUUGAAUUUGUUAGGACCUGACAUAAAUGCUUUCCUUGUGUGGCUAAAAUAUUCAAUGCAUUGGGAACUUAAUAUUAUGAGUAGCAAUUGGGACAAUUUUAUUUUUUAAAAAUAUUAAGUUUUCAUUAUUAUUUAUCCAUUAAUUUUUAAAAAAUCAGCUGAGGUAAAAGGAUUGUAAUUUUUUGCCUUUUCUGUUUAGGGUUUUUGUCCAAUUAUUUAAAUGAAUAUUUCCAAAUAAAAUCUUUGAGCAU